AUGACUUCAAUUGUGAAAAUGAAUGCAAUCAAUCGACUUGAUAUUCUUUUAUCCGAUAUCCUUAAAACUGAAGCAUCGACAUCAACUAAUGGAAUUAGUCAAGGAGCUUCUAUACAACCAUUAUCCAAAUUGACAUUUUCCGAAUGUAAGUCGUAUCCUUCAUCAGUAUUCUCUUCAGCUAUUAUAACAACAGUGCCAUUACCACCACAUCGUAAUUCUUCAUCGUUGAAACAUCAUCAUAGUGAUCAAUCUGACAAACAAAAACAAUAUAAGCCACUUUUAAAUUCUUCAACAUUAGAUGAUUUAUUUCGUGCAUUAACACUUGAAUGUGAACAAUAUUUAGCUGCUACUACAUCAUCUUAUCAAAAUAAAACAUCGAAUCAAAUGAUUAUUCAACCCCCUUCAUCAAAAAUACAAGCAUCUGUUGAAUCCAAUGAUGAUGAUUAUGAAAAUUUACAUACAUUAAAAACUUCACAAUCAAUAACAAAGACUUAUUCUCCUCUGAAAACAAGUAUUGAAGUUAUAAGUCCAAUAAAACGACAUGUUGUUUCAAUAACAAUAACAUCAAGAGUAUCUUCACCUCCUACAAUAAAACCUUCCUGUAAUGCAACAACAUCAACUAUAGUACAAGCAACAAAUCAUCAUUCAAGUGAUGAUGAUGCUAUUAAUAUAUCGUCAUCAAGUACAAAUCGUAAACGUCGUCGUCGUGCUCGUAAACAAAUUGUAUCAUCAUCGAUAACUCGAUCAAGUUCAUCAUCAAAUGAACGAAAAAAAAUCAUUACAGAUAAAAAACCAAUAAUUUCAAAACGUUCAUGUAGUACAGAUCCUCGUUAUCAACGUAAUAAAACUUCUUAUGAUAAUGAUUUUAUAUCAUGUUCAUCAUCUCAAAAACAACGUACAAAACGUCCAUAUCGACGUGAUAUUUCAUUACAACAUUCAUUAACAAAUUCAGAACGUUAUUAUGAAAAUCAUUCAUCACCAUUAUCUGUUUUAUUAACAUCAACGAAAAUAACAAGUGAUGAUUUUUUUGAUAAUACACAUCAACGACAACAAAGACGUUCACGUUUUGAAUCUGUUAAUCAUAAACCAUCGACAUUAAUCGAUCGUAUGCAUCAACAAUUAUAUCAACCAUCAACAAUACGAAAUCAUCAUAAUAAUAAUAAUAAUAAUAAUAAUAGCAACAAAAAGAACACUAACAUUCCUACACAUCGAACACCAUCAUAUCCAGUUUAUUGA